UCCAUAGACAACGAUAUUCUGCGCACGCCAUUUUGUAAUUUUGAGCAUGUUGAUUCGACUCUCAAAAUGAAUUUCAUUUCAAUAAUAAGUUUUAUUGGUGAUGUAGUGUAAUUAAUGUAAUAGUGAAAGAAGCAAAUAAGCCAAAAUGGAAAUGCCGGAAGUUAAAUCGUUCAACGCGGAGUUAUCCGCGUUGUACGACAACAAGCCGCCUAUAUCAAAGGCGAAGAUGAGUGCUAUCACAAGAGGUGCUAUAAAGGCCAUAAAGUUCUAUAAACAUGUAGUGCACAGUGUUGAAAAGUUCAUUCAGAAAUGCAAACCAGAGUAUAAAGUGCCUGGGCUUUACGUGAUAGAUUCAAUAGUGAGACAGUCCCGGCAUCAGUUCGGGCAGGAUAAGGAUGUGUUCGCGCCGCGGUUUGCUAAGAACAUGCAACAAACCUUCGCAAACCUCUUCAGAUGUCCUCCUGAGGAUAAGCGCAAUAUCAUCAGAGUACUUAAUUUAUGGCAAAAGAACAAUGUGUUCAGUCCACAAGUUAUACAACCUCUUCUUGAUAUGGCUGACCCUAAUCAUCCAUUGCACCAAGAGAUACAACAACAGCAAAACAACACUGCUAAUGGGAGCAGUCUGAACAUAAGUCACAAUGCAACGGAUAACAAAAUAUCUCCUGUGCCACAACCACUCCAUACUCCACAGUCUUCCACACCUAUGGGAGAUCAGUUCCAGGACCAACCUUCAGGCCAGCCGGCGAAGUUCAACAGGAAGUUGUUGAAUGACUUCGAGUACGAGAGCGAGGACGACGCGGCGCCGGAGCCCGCGCCGCAGCACUCCUCGCACUCCACGCACACCUCGCACUCCACGCACGCCACGCAUUCUACUACUCAUGCGCAACAAAACCCCGCUGAUGCUUUGGGCAGUAUCUUAACAAAUCCUGAAAUCAUGAGGCAGCUGCAGAGUUUGCAAGCUCAAAUGCAGAUGAUGACCGGAAUGCAGAUACCUAAUCUGAUGCCUAUGAUGUCUGAUCUUCAAAUGCAACAAUCUCAAAAUCAAGGCCUGCCAUUUAUGGGAUCACAGUCAGAUUCCCAGAAGCAGAAUGACCCGAAGGAUGAUAUGGUUGAGUCUGACAUUGAGUUUGUAGAGACCGGACCACAAGUCAUUGAAAUUCCUGACGCUAAUGAUUCUAGUCCAUCACCGAAAUCUCGGCGACAUCGUUCGAGAUCGAAGUCACCGCGGCGUCGUCGCAGGUCAUCGCGGUCGAGGUCAAGGUCGCCCAGGAGACGGAGGGACAGAGACCGCGAUAGAGAAAGAGAUAAAGACAGAGAUAGAGAUAAGGAAAAGAACUACAAGGAACGGGAAGCAGAAAGAGAAAAACAGAGGGAGCGAGAGAAGAAAGGACUUCCACCAAUCAAGAAAGAAAAUCUUAGUGUAUGCAGCACCACGCUAUGGGUAGGCCACCUAUCAAAACUGGCGACGCCUGAGGAACUAUCAGACCUCUUCGGUGCUAUCGGCGGAGUGGCCGCCAUCGACGUCGUGGCUCCACGAGGCUGUGCCUUCGUCGUCAUGGAGAGACGACGGGACGCCGCCAAAGCUAUCGCCAAGCUUAACAGGCAUAAACUGCAUUCUAAGGAGAUUACGGUGGCGUGGGCCCCGGGCAAGGGCGUGAAGGGUCGCGAGUGGAAGGACUACUGGGAGGCGGAGCUGGGCGUGUCGUACCUGCCGUGGGGCGCGCUGCAGGCCCGCUGGGCGCUGGGCGCGCUGUCCCUGGACGCGCUCGAGGACGGCGGCGCCGUCGACGAGGACACGCUGCCGCCAUGGCUGCCGCCCAGGAUCCUCCCGAAGACAAUGAUGGACAACAUGUCGAUGCUGGGCAUGCCGGGCGCGGCGCCGGGCCUGGCCCUGGGCACGCUGGGCACACUGCCGGGCAGCCUGCCGCCGGUGUCCAUGCCCCCCGUCAGUAUGCCCCCUACACUCAGCCUGCCCCCCAACCUACCUCCGGGGGCUAAUCCGGCUAUUAGUAUACCUAGGAUGCCUCCUCCAGGAAUGACAGCAGGAAUGCCACCAGGUCUAGCCCCAGGUAUCCCUCCAGGUAUCCGACCACCCACACUACCCAACAUGCCCAGUGGAGUACCUGCGGCAGGGUAUGUUGUAGGGCUGCAGAACGAGGCGGGCCUGGCGCCCGGGGCUCCGCUGCUUCGCUUCCCGCCUGGAGUGCCGCCGCAGUCACUCGCACAGACCGGUAUGGUGGGCGGGUUCCUGAGCAGUUUGCUGGGAGUAGGCGGGCUACUACCCGGCGUACCCUUGUUACAUCCUGCGCUACACGACACUAGCACCGCGCCGCCCAACCGCGGCUCGGCGGCGGGCAGCGACGACGCCAUGGACCUGGACCCCGAGGAGCCCGCGGCAGAGGACCACGACACCACCGACACCUCCGCGCCACCGCCCGCGCUACUGCCCGACCAGAUUCAAGCCCUGCUAUCAAAACCUCCGCCAAACUUCAACUCAGCAGAGCCUCCUCCAGGCUUCAACAUGUCGGAGCCACCUCCAUUCAACGUCUCACAGCCACCUCCUGACGACAAGAUGGAUGACGACAGGAAGGACAGAGACAGGGAUAGAAGGGGCGGCGACAGAGAUAGAGACAGGAGGGGGGAGAGGGAUCGGGAUCGGAGAGAAAGAGGGGAUCGAGGGGAAAGGGGUGGUGAUCGAAGAGAUCGAGGUGAGCGGGAUCGAGGACGGGAGAGAGAUCGUGACGGCCGUGAUGAUCGUCGGGAUCGCGAUAGAGACCGAGGUCGGGAGAGGAGAGACAGAGACAGAGAUAGAGAUCGCGAAAGGGGAGACAGGUUCUCUUCGAGAGAUAAUAAUAGAGAUCGUACGGGCAGUCGAGAGAAAUCACCUAGAGCGCCGGCAAACAACGAUAAUCCCGAAAAGAGUCUACAAGAGAGACUGUGGGAGAUGGCCAAUGGGAAGCCGACGAGAGACGACAAGCGGGACGACUUCCCCGACCAGAGGGACGACGCCACCGACCAGAGGAACGACCGCCCGCCACUCAUCGACAGAUUGCCUGCCAGGCAUGACGGACCCCCGCCGCCCAUGGAUACCGCGGAGGCGGAGUGGGCGCCGGGCGCGGGCCGACUGCCGCACGUCGCCGCGCACUACCGCGCCGAAUUGAGAAUGAGAGGACCGCCUAGGCCCCCGAUGGCAGGUCCCUGGAUGGACGGCCCCGGCCCGGGCCCCUUCGGCCCCCGCUUCAACGGCAUGGGUCCCCCCUUCAACCGGCCACCAUUCGACGGGCCGCGGCCUCCCUUCGACGGCGGCCCGCCCAUGUUCGAAGGCGGCCCACGGUUCGAGAGGCCUCCGUUCGGUCGGAUGCCGUUCGAUGGAAUGAACCGACCGCCUUUCGACGGACCACGGCCACCGUUUGACGGGCCGCGCCCACCAUUCGACGGGCCGCGCCCGCCUUUCGACGGAGCUCGGCCAUUCGAUCCUCCCUUCGAAGGUGACCGACCACCCUUCGACGGCCCGCCGCGGUUCGACGGACCCCCGGAGUUCUUCGACCGUCCCCGAGGACGCUUCGAUGAUCGCGAUCAGUACGGCGACCGAGGCUGGAGCGGAGACAGAGACCGCGAUAGAGACUGGGGCGACCGACGCCCCGACUGGGACGACAGGCGCAGGGAUAGGAGACCUAGGGACCACGAGGACAGAUAUAACAGACCAGACCGAGGAGACAGGAGGAGAAACUUUGACGACCAAGGUAGACCUAACGACCAACGACGCGGUGACGACAACCAGAACAGAAGUAACGACUCACGUCGUGCUGACGAAAGUCAACCAAACAAGCCUGCUGAUGCACGCCGCGGAGACGACAGACGUGAAGGUAGCCAGAGUAAAUCGAGGCCACCGCGGGAUGAACGAAGUGAUAAAAACGAUAGGAAUAGUUCUAGACGAGACAGGGAUAGGAAGUCUAGAUGGGGCGCGGCUGAGGAAGCUGAAACUACGGGCAACGGGGAGAGCGAAAAGCCGCAGGAGGCUGAGACAGCCACUAUUCAGGCUGCCGGCGACGUCGCCGCCAGUGCCGAGCCCAGCGAGGCCACCGACACUACUAGUCAAGAUGAACAAACUGUACAAACUGAGGUCAGCGACAGCAUUCCUUCACACGAAACUGAAUCUGAGAAAGGCUUCCAGCCUCCUGAAGACAGCAUGGAUAGUAAUGAAACUCCCGGCCUGACGGAGCGCUCCGUGGAGCCCAGUCCCGGCGGGCUCGACGACAAGAUGGAGCGCUCGCCACCGGAGCCCUCGCCUGUAGAACACUCGCUCCCAGAGCCCUCGCCGCAAGAGCACUCGCUCCCCGAGCCUUCGCCCCCCUCGCACUCGCUCCCCCCUCCCUCGCCCCCUUCAGACUCUAUGCCCGAGCGCUCGCCCCCAGAGUGUAGUGUACCGGAGCGGUCCCCCCCAGAACCGUCACCUCCGCCGGCGGAAGAGCGAGCACAGGAGCAGUGUGCGAACACUUUGUACGACGCGGAUGAAACUGUCGACACCAACUUCUCAGCUCCCGCCGCCACUGAGUACGAACGAGAGCGAGAUCCGUCGCCGCCUCCUGUAGCUGAAAAAGAUUUUGAAGAAUCUAGCAUGGAUGCGACGAAACCUGUCGAUAUGUUUAGUCCUGAAUUGGAACAGAGUGAGAGUUCGCAGGAGGCCGACGUAUCGGAGCCACAGAGUGAGAGUAAGGAAGGAGCCGCUUGACAGCGGCGCCGAUGGAAGCUGAACGUGGGAUAUUUCCAGUGGAAAUGAUUCGGGUGACGCCGCGGGCCCCGAGCGACCGCCGCUACCUGCCGCAGCGUAGCUAUCGCUCUGCCGACCGCCGAAACCGUUAUAACGCCAAAGAUAUUUUUUUUAUACUCGAAACAAAAAGUUGAAAUAUACGAGUGCCUUAUUGGUUACCAAAAGUGGUGUUUUGUUUUGAUCGACGGCACGCGAGGCGUAGAAGAGGAACGCGCCUGGGCACUCAAGUCGAGUGACCCGGGCCAGGUACGGUUGCUAAUGAUACACAUUGUACGCGCGUCUAGAACAAUUGCACGCUAUUGCACACACUACUGCGACGUUGCAACAUGUCCGCGACUUGUCCUUUAUAAUACUCUCUGGACGAUUUCACUUCCAUCUUAAUCGUUGUAUUCAAUUAAAUGACCAGACACUACAUGUUGCAACAGUAAUAACUUGAGAGACAUGCACAAUUGUACUCGGCGGGCGUCAUUAUUUUAUUAUUGCAUAAUGUCGAAAUGGGAUCGAAAGUUAUAGUACAUUAAUCUAGUGUAAAGUAAUGAAGUAGUCCAAUCGUUUUAAUUUAUCUAAUACAUAUGAUUACCAUUUCGACAUAUUAUAUCGCUAGCAAUGUGUGCAAAAUACCUGUGCGGCGGCCGCGUCACCCGAAUCAGCCACGGAUAUACUGGAAGCGUAGCGGCUACAAGAACGGAAGAUACGGCGACUGUCUGAACUAUGGACUCAUGUGUUUAGAUAUUGUGUUACGUCGACCUGACGACUGUUUGUUAAGUUCUUUUUUAUUUUUACGUUACUAACUUCGAUUACUCGAAUUGUAUGUGUAUACUUAUUUUUUUAUUAGCAAGAUACGUUGCUAUCUAAUAUUACUCAACAUUUCCACCAAACUUGUUAGUACUAUUUCGCACCUUUAAACAAUUCUACAAGGUGUCUCAAAAGAAAGUUCACAUUUAAAUCUUUUUUUAAAAGAAAAGUCUUAGCUUUAUUGAAAAAUAUUUUAUUGUAUAUUGAAGUACACUGUUUGGGAAUUUAUUUUUUAAAAAUAACAUCGUCCUAAUGGAAACCGUUUCGCUCUCGGCAUUCAUUUAGUCGGGCACUAAAAUUGCCUAUGACAGCUCGGCAGGUAGUCUCCGUGAUGGCUGCCAUUUCAUGACGGAUAUUUUCUUUUAAUUGUGCCAGGGAAGUCGGUUUAUUAGCGUAAACUUUUGAUUUGACAUAACCCCACAGGAAAAAAUCCAUAGGCGUUAAAUCGGGACUCCGUGGAGGUCUAUUUAUGUCACCUCGCCUGGAGAUUAAUUUGUUCGGAAAAAAUUCUCGAACUCGAGGCAGAGAUCUGUUGGACGCGUGUGAAGUUGCUCCAUCCUGCUGGAACCAUGUUCUUUGGUUGUAACCAGGAAAGUUUUGCAGUUGUGGUACAAAAAACUCGUCUAACAUCUCCACAUAACGCUCUGAAUUCACUGUGAGUAUGCGUCCCCUUCCAUCUUCAAAAAAGGGCCGAUAAUUCGGCUGUAACACUGUCCACGUUUUCGGCUGUUCUUGAUGUUCUUGGCCGCCCAGAUUUUGGUUUCUCCAGAGUUGACCCAGUCUCUUCAAACUUCUUAACCCAUUUUGCAAUGAGUCGAGUGCUAGGCGCAUCAUUUAAGUGACGAAUAUGUCGAAUACUGCAGAAUUUUCUACGCGCUACAGUCGCCGAAUUACCGUUUUUGUAAAACUCACGUAUGAACAACCCUCGGUCCGCACCAGAGAAACGCUCCAUAGCGACUAAAUUCCCAAGAGCCAGACUACCGACUGACAUACCCCCCGCGCCCCUCAGAAUAGUUGCUUUCGCGUAAUAAAAUAAGCAAAUGUGAACUUACUUUUGAGACACCUUGUAUUUGUCUUAGGUAAUUUGGUGGCGGUAGGGAACGGAUUUUAAAGUAACGACUAUUUAAAUCUAUUUUAUAGAUAUAAACAUAAAUGUUUUAUAAAUUUAUAUAGGCACUAUAUCUGUAGUUAAAUUGUUUAUGGAUUUAGGUUUACUGUAGGCUGGCAAUAAGUAUAUUUUACUUUGAGGAAUACAGCGCAAUAAGUGCUAUGUUACGCUUCGUAGCAUCGAUGUUUAUAUGUAACAUAUUUUUAUAAAAUUAUAAUGUGAGUCUUAUUAUAUCAUUGAGAUUUACCUACUCCAUUCAUUUUAAACUCUUCAAUGUUAGGUAAUGUUUUAGCUGUGUAGAUAAACAUUAUAUUUUCAAUGCAUGCUUCAAUGUUUGUCAUAUUUGCUUGAAUAAAAAUUUUGAAAAUUCA